GUGUGGUGAAUUUUUCAGACGUGGAGGAGAUGAAUUACGAAUUCGAGCGAGAGACGGGUUUUAUCAAUAGUCAGCCGUCGCUCGCUGAGUGCCUGACAUCUUUUCCCCCUGUCGGUGAUGCAUUUCAAAGUUCAUCAAUCAAGAACUCGACGCUUUCACACUCGACACUGAUUCCUCCUCCUUUUGAGCAGACUAUUCCGAGCCUGAACCCGGGCAGCCACCCUCGACACAGCCGUCCGCAGCAGAACCCUAGUGGCUCACGCCCGCUGCCUGCCGCAUCCUUACCGCCGGAAUACCCUUGGAUGAAGGAGAAAAAAGCUUCAAAGAAAAACCAGACUUCAGCUGCAGCCACUACAGAUCCGGGUCCAUUGUACUUCUCUCCUCAAGGUUCGCCGGAGAUUUCUGAUGGUGGCAACGGGGCAACUCGCAGACUGAGAACAGCCUAUACGAAUACUCAACUGCUGGAACUUGAGAAGGAGUUCCACUUCAACAAGUACCUCUGCAGACCGCGGCGGGUGGAAAUCGCCGCUCUGUUGGACCUGACAGAGAGGCAAGUUAAAGUGUGGUUUCAAAACCGACGGAUGAAACACAAACGCCAAACACAGUGCAAGGAGAACCAUCACGCCGAGGGGAAACUGCCGAGCCUAGAGGAGACAGGCGAUGGGAAAUCUUUUUUCGAGCCAGCGGCGAACAAUGUUUCUGGAGCUCUGUUGGAGAGAGAAAGCUAUACGUUUCAACAGAAUACAUUGCCUACUCAACAGUCACAGAAUGGACACAAUGGAGAUUCCCAAAGCUCCACUGUUUCGCCUUUAAACAGUAAUGACAAAAAUCUGAAACAUUUUCCCAACCCGUCACCCACUGCUCCUAUCUGCCCCUCAACAAUGGCUCCGGAUAGCGCAUCUGGCCGGGACAAUGGGAGUCCUCCAGCCCUGGACGUUUCUAUGCACGACUUUCACGUUUUCUCCACAGAUUCCUGCUUACAUCUCUCAGAUGCCAUAUCUCCCAGUUUGUCAGAGUCGGUAGAUAGCCCCAUGGGUUUAUCAACGGAGACCUUUGAUUUCUUCUCUGAAACGCUUACAACAAUCGACCUGCAACACUUGAGCUACUAACUCUAAAUGAAGUUUGACCACAAGGAAGUCAAUAUAUUUCUCACAUCGAUGGUCAGUGCGUUUUAAUUAUGACUUUUAAAAUUAGGCCUAGACCUUUAGCCUACAAAGAAUUGAGUUUAAUAACUGAAUGAUCAUUUGUGUUUACAACGAAAAAAAAAAACAGAAAUGAAAGUGAUAUUUUCUCGUUUUAUUUUUGUAUAAUUUACCGGCAAAGUGCCAUAUUUUCCUAGAAUAAAAUUUUUACAUGUUAUUAAAGAUAAAGCAGGCCGCUGUGUUUUGCAUUAAUUUGCGCGAUUUUUGUAGCAUUCGCUGAAUCAGGCCACCGAUGUUUGGUCCACACCAAAUGUAAUUACAUGUCAUCAAAUGGAAGAAGAAGCAUGGCCUUUAGUAUACUGGUUGAUAUAAUAAUACUCUUAUAUAUUAUAUAAUAGUGUACUUAAGAUAUUCAGUUGGCAAAGGUUAUUUCAGUCCAGUGCGAUGUGGAAAAUACAGACGUAGAAGUUUAUUAAGUGGCAUAAACAGGUAUUUAAAAACAUGCACAUAUAGAACUGCUGUGAUCACAAUUUUGCAGUAUAGUAUGUUUUUAAAGCUAUACAAAUACAAGCUUAUUGUAAAUAUCCACUACAUGGACUGAGUAGUUUUAUAUAAGCAAUAUAUAUAGGCUAUUUACUUAUAUUUAAGCAUAGGCCGAUAUUUUGCUUGUAUUGUCUGUUUUUAUUAAAACCUGUACCGGCCUAUGGUUUAAGGGUUGCAUAGCUGGGUAUGUUUCUGGCAUUAAAUAUGUAUCAAAAAUAAUUUUAAAGAAAGCGUAAAGGAAGAGAUCUAUGCCCCUGUUGGUACAGAGCAUACAAAAACCUCAUUGUAUCGGAAACUACCGGGAGAUCUCUAGCCAAAACCUCUUACGUUUAGGAGUUUAGCAAUUAAAUUUUAUAGUCUAUUAAACCUUCUACAGGGGCUUGGUGUUGAGGCAGCAGUCCACCGAAUUCAGUCCGCAACUGAGAAUCUUAUUUGAAUUCAGCAUAUCAAGUCAAUGUUAAAACAGGGUUCUAUUUAUUCUACUUAGAUUGAGAUUACUUAGAUCAUUAUAACUUUGUCAUGUGUGCUCGAUUAUUAAAUCGGAUUAUAAAUCUAAAUUUUGAUUGAGUUAUCGGGGGAAGAACAUACACCGCAAUAAAACAAAUGACAGCCAUUUUUGGUAGGGCCAACUAGUCCAGACUUUAUGUUCAUUAUACCAAAACCUUUUAAUUAUAGGAGAAACUGAUUUAUCAGCUAUGGUCAGGUAAUAUUAAAUUGUGUAAUGUAAACACAUAUCAAAAAUAUACGAGGGCCUGUAUUGCUUUUUUGUUGUUGUUUUAAAGCACCUACAUAACGCCACUUCUUGAUUCCUCCGCGGCCAUGCGUUCGUGCAGCUGGUCCAGAAAGGAACAAUGUUCCGUGAUGGUUUAAUGCCCAGAGUUACAAUCCAAUUUCAUAAUUUAACGUGUCAUGUUUUCUUCAGCCUCAGUGUGUGCUGGAUCUCGGGCUACAAGCAAAGAUCUGAGAGAAGUGUUUGUUUUUCUUUUUUACUUUCACACUUAAAAAUGGUAGAUGGUCACACUUAAAAAUGCUGUAGGCUACGAAAUGAUUUAUCCUUUUAGUCUGUCAGACUGAGAAUUAAUACUGUUUGAAGGCUUUAGGUGAGGGUUUUGCGAAUUCAUUCACAGUUUAUUAGAUCUGCUUUCAU